AUGGCCGGGGGGCGGCGGGGAGCCGGAGUGCUGGCGGAGCCGCGGCGGCUGAUGCGCUCGGGGCUGGGGCUGAUCGUGCUGGGCCACGGCAGCCUCGUGCUGGGCGCCAUCGUGCACGGCUCGGUGCUGCGGCACGUAGCCGGCGCCCGCCGCGCCGUCACCCCCGAGUACGCGGCGGCCAACGUGGUGUCGGUGUGCUCGGGGCUGCUGAGCAUCGCCGUGGGCAUCGUGGCCAUCCUGGUGUCGCACAACCUGUCCCGGGCGGUCCUGCACUGGACCUUGCUGGGCGUCUCUGUGCUGAAUUGCCUCCUGUCCACGGCGUGCAGCGUGGGGCUGACGCUGGCCAUCGCCCUCACGGUGCACAGCCGGGGUACGCACCUGGUCUGGGGCUGCAACAGCUCCGCGCUGCCCGUAGACGCUCGUGCAGCUAUUGCCACCAACGACUGUCCCUUCAACACCACGCGCAUCUACGACACAGCCCUGGCCCUCUGGUUCCCCUCCCUGCUGCUGGCAGCUGCAGAAGCCGUGCUCUCGGGCAGGUGCUGUUUGGUGGCUCUCGUCUUCCAGGGCAUCGGGCCCUGUGCACACAGCUAUGGCAAGGAGCAGUUGGCCAGGCCAAGUACAGCAAUGGAGAAGCCACUCCGUGAGAGGCAGCAGCUCCUGGCAGGACUUGCUGAGUCUCCUGCGUAGCUGGAGAGGCGAGUGCACCAUGUGGACCGUGCCUGGGAUGGGGGGAGCAGGCUCUGCCAUCAAGAGGGCCCAUGUCAACACCAGCCCCCAAAAACAUCUCUUCCUAGGGACAUGGUCAGAUGAGUCAGUGAUGCUGGGCCCUGCAGCACAGCCUGGCACUGACACUGCUCCAUCACUCCCAGGUGGUGCUCCAGGAGUGCUGUGAUCCAGCAGGGUCGGGGGCAAGGUGAUGUCAUACCUCCUGCAGUGGGCUGAUGCAGUGAGGAUGUGCCUUGCCCCCUCCCCCCAGCUCCACCCCCCUACCUGGGACAGACCCUGCAGGUGCUAUGAGCCCCAGAUGCUCUCCCAUCCUCUCCCCAAGCUGCCAGGCCCUUCCUGGUGUGCUGAAGGCUCUGUUGGUUUCUGUCAGCAGUGAUGGGGGUGGGCAGAGGUUCUGGGGCCCAAGUCCUGGUGCCAUUGCAGGCAGGGCAGCUGGUUGUGCCUGUGCUCGAACAUGGCAGGGAACAGAAGAGGUAGAGUCUCUUUGGUGUGGAUCUCUAGUUUUCUUGAAUAAAUAAACCUUUCCAUAUUGGC